AUGCGGUUUAAAUUGAUAUCUAUACAUUUUUUACUUUUAUUUGUCAUACUAAUUAAAGUUGUUUUGUUAUAUUAUUUCGUUUUCCGUUUAUUUGUUACCUUUAAGACUGAAACUAUGCCAACUGCAAGAACGGUUACUAAAUCGCCUACAAAGCAUUUGGGUAAAAUUGUCACAGUGGUAAUUAGAGACUUUGAGUUGUACGAAAAUGAUGUAACGUUAACAGCUCAUUCGUUUUUAAAUAUUUUUCCUACCAUGCAUUUAUUUAUAUUGUACGAUGAACUUCCUUACCCCCCUUUAGACAUAAUGUUAACAAAUAAUUCGCUGCCAAAUGUAAAGUUUAUAAAUUUGUCUCCGAGUUUAAAAAGCUCUUUCAUGGAUCGCUACCCUAUUGCUCAGAUUAAAACAAAGUAUGUGUUGUUUGUACCUGAUUCCACCAGAUUAACUUCUAGACAGAGUUUGCAAGUAUUGAUUAACGAAAUUAGUAAAAGACAAGGAGGUAUGGUUGUGGCACCUGUGAGAAACCAGAGGAAAAGUAUAAUUUGUUUAAAAAUUAACAUAAACAUUCGUGAGUGGAUGCUUAAGUACAACUCGGCAAAAAGUUUAGAGUGUGAUGGAGUGUCAGGAAAGCAUGUUCUCUUAAUGGAAACUGACUCUCUUAGGAAGCUACCAAAUGCUUUCAUUGCACCAUUUCCUGAGUCCUUAUACAUUCAGACAACGGUUUCUAAGUUAAAGGUUCAUAUAGUAAAUGGAUUAUCUUUUCACGAUGGUAAACCAGUUUUACGUUCUCAUCAUGCUCAAUGGAAACAAAAACAGGCUGUUACACAAAGGCUGAGGAAAUUUUAUGAGUUAUUUGGAAUAAAACAGGUUGUUCGUGAAACAGGAUCUACCGAGUGGUAUGGAUGUUCUAAGGAUACUCCAAGAUGUUUUGGAACAGUAUUAGAAUCAAUGCCUUCCUAUUUAUUCGAGAAGAAGUGGACACCUCCUUGCUGUUUGGCAAAUUUAAGGAAAACUGCAAAACACAUUUUCAACAAUUUAGAUGAAGCCGGAGUACGUUAUUGGUUGGAGGCAGGCAGUCUAUUGGGAGCAAUGCGAAGUGGGGAUAUACUGCCUUGGGAUCAUAACGUAGAUAUUGGUUUUAUCCGCGAGGACUUGUCAAGGUGCACAUGGUUAAAAAAAGCCAAAGACAAACCUGUGGUAGAUUCAAAGGGUUUCCUAUGGGAAAAAGCUACCGAAGGUAAUUUUUACCGUGUGCACUUCAGUAAAAUUAACAGAAUACAUGUAAACCUUUUCCCAUUUUAUUCUAAAAAUGGAACAAUGACGAAAGACUCUUGGUUUACUAGUCAUAAAAGGAUGGAAUUUCCUGAUAACUUCCUACAUCCAAUGUCUAGUAUAGAGUUUGCUGGUCGUAAUGUGCCAAGUCCUAAUAAUAUCCGUGAUUUCUUAGAAUUAAAAUACGGUAAAGGUGCUGUUGAGAAUCCUGAGUAUCCUGAUGUUAGUAAGUUACAAUUUCCUUGAAUAUAAUGAUGUUUUAAAGUCUACACUGUAUGCAAUUUUAUUUCACUAUGAUUGAAUUGGGACUGAAUUUGAUUUGAUUACUCUUCUGUUUAAAAAAUUCCAAGGGAAUUUUCUUAGAGAAAGUAA